GUUGUUUAGUAAACGUGAACUAGCGACCACCAAGGCGAUAAAGCGGUCCACAGUAUAUAAGGACACGGACUUGUUUUCCAACAUAAACACACAGGACACUGUUUUUAACUGACCAUUUAGACAUACCACGAUAUUUUUCCUUGUUUCGAAAUGUUGCAUGUGUUUCUUUUGUUUCCCAUGCUGGGUUCUGUUUUCUCGUCUGUGGCCAAGGACUAUGGGCUCACUGUGUGCGCCAAUGCUGGAUCUAAUUUAAUAGGUCACCCUGAAGCUUGUCAGAGGUACUACAACUGCUCCGAUUCUGCCCCACGUAGUGAGAGGAGCUUCCUAGGACCCUACGAGGUGGAGUGUUCCUACCCACAGCUGUUUGAUACAGUCGAGUUAAAGUGCAAAUCAUUUAAAGAAGCGAAGUGUGGCUCUAACAGAAUAGCAGCCAAAAACCCAUGUGACUAUGUGCAGAAUUUGUGUGGCAGUGCCCACUGUCAAGAGUGUAGCAGCAGAUUGCCUUCAUGUGAGGGUCUAAGAAAUGGAAUGAAUGUUCACCCGUUCAGAGAAUGGACGCCAUAUUACAUUCAGUGCGACACUGAAAGACUCAACGGUACCUACGUCUGUGGUCCUCACGACCCCACCGGUACUACUGGAUUUUUCUCGCCUCUUAAGUUCAAGUGUGUUUCUCUCUGGGAAGUACCGGUCAGCACAGGUUAUGGACUGGCCCCAAGCUGCACUGGAAAACUAAACGGCUACUAUGUGACCAAAGAAAGGCCGGACGUUUACUACACUUGCCCAUCAGCCAAGGUGUACUACUGUAGGUCACCAUUCGUCUUCAAUAAGUCACUUAACAGGUGUGCAUAAGAUAUUCACGAAGUCCCAGUGACUAUAGAUGUUGGUGGAAUGUAUUUAAAAACAAGAACUAGUCAAAUUUGUCAAUAAUAUAUAUAUAUAUAUAUAUAUAUAUAUAUAAUUUUUUUUACUGCCCAAAUGUUUUGCUUGUAUAUCUACAUUUUUAUUUAUCUUCAUUAUAUAUAUAUAUGUGUUCUAGGAGAUGGUAUAACUGAUUGAAGUAAAUAAUACCAUAUUAAUGUUACCAGGAAAUAAUUAAAUAGGACUUGAACAAUUUGUUACUUGCUACUACUACUAUACACUAUUGGAAUGUGAUGACUAAAUAUUUUUAUUUGCUUCAAUGUGUGAGCUUUAUCUGAUCAGCAUUACUUAUUGUUCAUGAAUGUCUACAAACAUAUUGACAUUUAGAUUGAUACACGGCUUACAUGUGCUCUUGAAAAGCUUGCUUUUGGCUCAUUUACAUAAAUCUAACAUAAACAAGUGUCUUUUUUUUAUGCAAGCCUAUUAUAUAUAUAUAUAUAUAUAUAUAUAUAUAUAUAUAUAUAUAUAUAUAUAUAUAUAUAUAUAU